AAAUUAAUACUUAUAAUUCAUUUUGAUCUCAUUUAUAUUACAUGUUACAUUUACAUACUACUGAUACUUUAAUUCGUAGUGAUCUCAUUUAUGUUAUUUCUUAGAAUUUAUUGAUUGAGUGUGAUAAUAAUUAAUAAUAUAUUAUUUUGGUAACAUAAUCACAUAGCGUUUGUAUUACUUUUCACCAGCAGAUAUCAAACACAUCUUCAUCUCAACGCUGUGUGUUUUAUAAAGACACAUAAUAUUGAUGUUUUGCAUAAAAACAAAACAUGUAUUAUGUGUUGAUUAAAACACACAAAGCGUUACAGUGUACUGCUUGCUGAUGAAGAUGCUAUGGUCUAUACGUCAGAACCACAGACUAUGUUAGCGCCACUUGACAGUGACAGCGCUCCUUCCUGGUGAGAUUAUCUAAGGUUACCAUAGAGCAUCCGCGCGAGCCAACGGUCGUGGGUGUACCACACUUCAAUGCAGCGGAGGACGCGGCGGCGCUAAGAGCGGCGAUGAAGGGCUUCGGCACCGACGAGCAGGCCAUCAUCGACAUCCUCACCUCGCGCAACAACCAACAACGACAGGCUAUAUCGCAGGCGUUCACUCACGAGUAUGGCAGGGACCUGAUCGAAGACCUGAAGUCGGAGCUGGGCGGGCACUUCGAGGACGUGAUAGUGGCGCUGAUGAUGCCGCCUGCCGAGUACCUGUGCAAGGAGCUCAACAAGUGCAUGGAGGGACUGGGCACUGACGAGGACACCCUCGUGGAGAUACUGUGCACGCGCACCAAGAGGGAGAUCGCCGAGAUCGUCGACACGUAUGAGAGGAUGUACGACCGUCCCCUGGCGGAGCACAUGUGCUCGGAGACGUCCGGCGACUUCCGCAGGCUGCUCACACUCAUCGUCGUCUCUGGUUCGAAGGGCGCUCGCGACGAGGAGGCGGGCGUCGACGCCGACAAGGCCAGGGAGGACGCGCAGGCGCUGUACGACGCCGGGGAGGCCAAGUGGGGCACUGACGAGGAGGUCUUCAACAGGAUCCUGGCGCACGAGAGCUUCGCGCAGCUGCGGCAGAUCUUCGAGGAGUACAAGAACAUCUCCGGACGAACCAUCGAACAAGCCAUCAAGGCGGAGAUCGACGGAGAACUCAAGGACGCGCUGUCCGCUAUCGUCGAGUGCGUGGAGAAUGCGCCGAGCUGGUUCGCGCAGAGACUCCGCGCCGCCAUGCAGGGCGCCGGCACCGACGACGAGAAGCUGGUCAGGAUCGUCGUCUCCCGCUCCGAGAUCGAUCUCGGCAGUAUUAAGAAGGAGUACGAGCGGAUCUACGACAAGACUCUGGAGAGCGAGUUGUCGCAGGGCGAGACCUCCGGGGACUACAAGCGCGCGCUCGUGGCUUUGCUCGGACCCGUGUAAAGCAUCGAUGGACCUAACGAGGAAGAUAGAGUGUAUUUUGUAUUCUCAAGUAAUAUUUUGCGAUGUGCUGAUAUAAAGUUCUGAUUUUUUAUAUGCUUGAAUUUAAAAUAUACUUUGAGUAAAGAUUGUUUUUGCCAACUGAAGUGUCAAAUGUAACAGUGAGGAAUUUGUACUGGUAGGAUAUGGUGCCUAUUUUUAACACUUGAAGAUAUAACGAUAGUAUUUAUACUAAAGGCAAGCUGAUUUGGAAUCGUUAAAGUAUCGCUAACGUUUCGGCACAUCGCUGUUAAUGUAAUUGCACUUUUAGCUUUAGUUAGUAUGAUUGCAUCAUAUUAAUGGUAUUUUCGCUCAACAUAAUUAUUUUCCAUUAAGAAGUACAAUACUUAAUUUAUUUUCAUGAUAGUGUUAUAAUAUCUGUGAAAGAAACAAACGAAUCUCCAAUAAAAGAAAAUCUGUUAAAUUUCGAAUUGAUAUAUUUAUUUUUGAAAAACAUUAUUUUUUGGAAAUGUUAUAUGUAUUUGAGAUUAAUAUAUUUUAGCGAGGUCAUACCUCAGACCUUGAAUAUAUUAAAAGCUUAAGCUUUCUGUUUGCUAAAUGAGGCUUUUCAAUUAGAUUGGGCCUCGGCGUAGUGCCUUGAAAA